AUGGAAGUAAAAUUCAUUACUGGCAAACACAGUGACAGGGCACCCCAGGGGCCUGAGCCACAAAGAAUUUCCAGAGCCUUGUGGCUAACUCCAUGGCCUAAUUUGAUCUUGAAGUCAUUGUCUUGGAUAAUCUUCUCAAAACUGUUCCUACACUUAAGAGUUAGUCAGCACGUGGUUCUUUCACACUGACCUGUCAGAGUAGACUUUCAGCAAACACCAGUAUCAUGGAAAAUCAUCCAACAUAUGUCCCUUUCAAAUGAGUUGGGCCAGAACCAACUAAAUGGGGAAGUCAUAAGCAAGGAAACAUGCAACCCAAGGAUUUUUAAUGCAUUGGCAUAGCUCUUUGUACAGAAAACUCAGUCUCUUGGGUGUAACAUGAGUUGCACAGAGCGUAUGAGCAUCAGAAAAUUGACUCUUGCCCUAAAUGGGGCUCACACUCCCUAA